CACAAGCGCACGCGCACACUCUCUCUCUCUCUCUCUCACCUAAGAGAGCGAGUAAGCCAUGGGUUGUUUCCUCUGUUCUGGAAAAUCAAACAAAAAAUCCAAGAAGAAGCAGAACAAGAAGCCCAACGAUCCGAUCUCAUCAACCUCAGAAAAAUCGAAGUUAAAUUCCUCAGUGGAUGUAAAGAAGGAGGCCUCUAAAGAUGGAGGAUCUGAUCGCAUUGCUGCACAAACAUUUGCUUUUCGCGACUUGGCAGCUGCAACGAAGAAUUUCAGGGCUGAUUGUCUUUUGGGUGAAGGAGGUUUUGGCCGAGUAUAUAAAGGGCGAUUGGAGAGUAACAAUCAGGUUGUAGCUAUCAAGCAACUUGAUCGUAAUGGGCUGCAAGGGAACAGAGAAUUCCUUGUUGAAGUAUUGAUGCUAAGCCUACUUCACCAUCCAAAUCUUGUUAACUUAAUUGGAUAUUGUGCGGAUGGGGACCAGAGACUUCUGGUAUACGAAUACAUGCCAUUAGGAUCUUUGGAAGACCAUCUACAUGACCUGCCGCCUGAUAAAAAAAGACUUGAUUGGAAUACAAGGAUGAAAAUAGCUGCAGGUGCUGCAAAGGGCUUGGAGUAUUUACACGACAAAGCUAACCCCCCUGUGAUUUAUCGUGAUUUGAAGUGCUCAAAUAUUUUGCUUGGUGAAGACUAUCAUCCCAAACUAUCGGAUUUUGGCUUGGCCAAAUUAGGUCCUGUUGGGGAUAAGACCCAUGUAUCCACCAGAGUGAUGGGAACAUACGGAUAUUGUGCACCUGAAUAUGCAAUGACUGGUCAGCUUACAUUGAAAUCAGAUGUUUAUAGCUUUGGGGUUGUUCUUCUGGAAAUCAUCACUGGCAGAAAAGCAAUUGAUGACUCAAAGACUGCUGGGGAACACAAUCUGGUUGCAUGGGCCCGGCCCUUGUUUAAGGAAAGAAAGAAGUUUCCACAGAUGGCUGAUCCUAUGCUCCAAGGCCAAUAUCCAGUGAGGGGCUUGUAUCAAGCCCUUGCUGUUGCUGCAAUGUGUGUCCAGGAACACCCUAAUAUGCGACCCCUCAUAGCUGAUGUAGUCACAGCACUUUCUUAUCUCGCUUCUCAGAAAUAUGAUCCCGAAUCCCAACCUGUCCAGGCGUUUCGCAUGGGCUCUUCGACUCCCAGAACGAGAAGGGAGCAGUAGAUCAGAGACUGAUGUAGUCACAGCACUUUCUUAUGUAAGUGGUUCCAUCUUCAGAAGCCCAAGACGAGGCGCCUGCGUCCUGCUAGCUGUGGUGCUGCAUUGGGAUGUUCUUGAAAUGGGUUUGUAGUCGUGAUUCAGAGGGCGGUGGAUUCCAGUUUAGUGGUUUGCUAUUCGUGUGCCUCUUUCCCAAAUUUUGCAUCAACCCAGAUACAAGUGAGAUGGCCAGUCCCACUGUCUUGCAACAGGAAAUAUAUAUAUUCUUUUUUCCCUUUAACCUUCCUCUCACUCUUACGAGAUUCUUUCAUGUACGAUUGAGCUUGGGGCUUUUGUAUCUAUAUAGAAACUAUUCCCCUUGAAGAGUA